AUGUUUGCCUUCUCUGAGGUUCAAGUCCCAUCUUCACAAGCUAAACAUCGUAUCGUCACAACCCCGUACCCGACAAUUAAUAUUGAAGGAGUAGAAUGUUCAUUUAAAAAGUACCUUGGUAUUCCGUAUGCUAAACCACCAGUCGGCAAUUUACGAUGGAAAAAACCGGUUUCAUACGGAAAUCUAAGCGCGACAACAAACGAAGCAGUUGCUUACAAGAGCACGUGUCAACAAAUAUUCCUUCCGGACAAUGCAAAAGUAGGAGAAGAGGACGAAGAUUGUCUGUACCUUAACAUCUGGGUUCCGGACAAGACCCCAGCUCCUGACAAGGCACGCGCUGUCAUAGUCUUUAUAUAUGGAGGUGCUUUCAUUUCAAGCUCUGCAGACACAUAUAACGGAGAGAAACUCGUCAAUUAUGUUAACGUUGAAUCAAAGAGUCGGGUCGCUGGAAAUCCUUAA